GUUCUUCAACCUUUUAUCUUCUCCAACCUUUACCUUCUUCAACCUUUUGAUAACUUUCUUGACAAAGAUUCAGUAACAACCCCUUCUACAUACAAAACAUCAAAAGUUCAUCUACCACAACUACUUUCUGGAUAUCAUACCAUCUCGAGUUCUUUGAGACUACUUGAUUCAUAAUAUCUACUACAACUUCGUGCAAAUACCUUAAUAACCAAAGUUCUUGAAGGUACUCCAGUUCACUUCUUAUUUGCAUACGUCAUAUCCCAUCAUACAUAUUAGCUACGGAGCAAUCAAACAAAUCCACAAAUCACUUGUCAGUUCUAGCUACAGCUAAAAUGGCAUCCACAAAUCAGAAAAGCUCAAGCCAGAGACAUUUUACAUUUAUGAAGACUCACUUUGCACCCAAAAGCCCAAUCCUUGGUGAGAGAGACAGUUCUGUAGACGAAUUAGACAAUGUCUCCGUAACCAAUCCCACUUCUACAAGCUCCAAAAUGUCUCGCGGAAAGGCAACAGUUCCCUCUUGGUCAUUGCAAUCACGUUUUGCCUCGAGAAAACCAUUUGCAGCUAUGGGGAGACAAAACACGGAACGCCAAUCAACUGCAUCCCCGGAAUUUACUCCCGCAAGCCCCCCUGCCUUUACUCCUGUAGGAUUCACAAAUCAACGCUCUCCUGAACUUGGGCACAGAAGCCCAAGCUUUAACCCAGGCUCUCCCAGUUCCCCAAGACGUCUUUUUUCUCACUUUGGCCCCCGUCCUCAGAGCCCAACAUCAGGCCUUUCUUCUCUGCCCAAUUAUCAAUCUCCGGGACUAAAUCAUCGAGAGCAUUUCGCUCCUUAUGCAGUUGCACCACAAAGCUUCUUUGCAAUGCAACCACGACCUCCGCUUCCAAAUGCUAGCCUUCUUACCCAGCCUCUAGACAACAUGAAUGACUCUUAUCUUUCAUGGAAAAAUUCAAACGUGUCUAGCAGAAAGCGACCAUCCGAAAGAGUUGACGAUUUCUUUGCACCACCACCUAAGCGACGUGAGAGUAGUACAACACAGUUAUUUGGACUUUACCAUGAGACCAUUAGUGCGGCAGAUCAGAUACUUCAAAAUGCUCGUGAUAGAGUCUACGCCAGUAGACACCAAGGCACUUUUCCUGUCGAAAGAUAUAUGGAGAUGAGCAAUUGUGGAAAUCCCGCAAACUUGAACAAUUAUGCUGGAAAUAUCUAUCAAAAAGCACCUCAAUCACCAGGAGCACUUGCUAGCGAUUAUUACAAUAGACCUCGAGCAUCUUUUUCAUGUCAGGUUGAAUGUGCUUCUACUGAGACGAUGUCUGGCGAAUCUGAAUUUGCAAUUCAACGAAAGCCAGUCUUUGCUCCUUUUAGUGUCGCCACUUCAUUCCAACCCGCUGCUGCCACCGAACAAACACACCGAAAUGAAAUGUCGUUUGGUUCCUCGCCAAUUACACCACAACUUCCGAGAUUUAGUUCUCAGUUCAGUCAUCCAGAUCAUUCUCAAUAUUCACAGUUACCAUCAUCAAAAUACAUUGGUUAUCCCACGGAACUACCCCAUCACACUGCUGGCCCUGGUAGUCUUUUGAGCCCAUCACCACAACGUUCCAUUCGCGCUGAAGUAUUCCAAUCUCUUGAGGCCCGCCAAUGCUCUAUUGACUCAGAAUCUGUUGAAUCAAACUCUGUUAACUCAGACUCUAUUGAUCCUCCGAUCCUCCAGUCGUAUGCUCGUCCUCCUGCUAGCUCAGGGACAUCGGUUCAAGGUACAAAAAACCAAAACUCGAUUGAAAUCCCUCCCAUCACAUCACCCCAAGAGGGGAAUUCAAUCAACAGACAAGAUACAGAUUCGGACACUCUUGCAGAAGAUACUCCUCGAAUUUCCAUCGAGGCUGCUGAUAAUUCCGACAAUGAAUCAGCUGUCUCUUACCAUUCCAAUAACAAUAAUAACGAUAUCUUGAUUCUUGGUAAGAAAUUGGACAAUAUUGGAGCAGAAUUGUUUGAAGUUCAACAUGAAUCACGCAGCAACCGCAUGGAUCUCGACAACAUGAGCACCCAAAAUAGACAGUUCGAUACACGAGUUUCAACCCUAUGUGCCAGCGUCGAAGAUUUAAAGGAAUUAAUCCAAAUUCAAUCCGCCCAAAACACACAAUCGCGCGACGAAGUCACCAGACUCAAAGAAGAAGCUGUUGAGCAAAAAUCUCGAUUCGAAGAAUUGGUCAACCUGGUGGUUGAAGUAACCAACCGAUCCAACCUUCAUGGUGGUAAAAUCGAGAAGCUCACUCAACAGGGAGCUGCGGAGGCUGGAAACGAGGAUGCGAAUAACAAUGGCGAUAAUGUGGACGAAGUCGCGGCUCUGAAGAAAGAAGUUGCGAGACUUCAACAGGAAGUCCUCACAUUACAGAACGAGGCAUUGAAGAAGGAGGUUGCGGAGUUGCGCGCGAGCCGUGAUGUUUAAAUUCUUGCGAGAGGAGGUUUGAUGGAAUGGUCCGGUUGGUUGGUGUUUGGUUUUAUAUUUAGAUACCCAGGCGAUAUGGAGGAUUGUUCUAGAGGGACGGAUGGAGUUUGCAGGGUGCAUUGGGUUGCGGUUACAGGUUUAUAUUUUCUCUCUUUGGUUUAUUCAUGCUCGAGAGAGUCUGUACUCGGUUGCUUUCUUAAUGUUUUUUUUUUCUCA